CACUUUAUGUGGUACAGUGGUUAGCUUUGCUGCCUCACAGUGCAAGGGUCUUGGGUAUCAUCUGUAUAAAGUUUGUCUGUUCUCUUUAGUUUGUGUGGGUUUUCUCUGGGUCCUCCAGUUUCUUCCCAUAGUCAAAAAGCAUACUGGCAAGUUAACUGGCUUCUGGGACAACUGGUGUGAAUGGCUUCCCCUUAAGGGUGUACCCUGGCUUGUUCCUGUUGCUUGCCAGGAUAGGCUCUGGCUUCCCCAAGACUCUUAAUUGAAAUAAACCUGUUAAGAGAAUGGAUGAAUGCUCCAAUUUUGAAAUGAGUACUCACACACAAGCCCCAUAAGACUGACAGGAGGGUUAAGCAUUGGAUGCAGAACAGGUGCAGUUUGUGCUGGUAACAAUGCAAACCUGCAUGUCACAGGCCUUGAUCACAGGCCUCCAAACACACGCAGCCUCGGUGACGCUGAGGUGUGUGCUGCUGCCUGGUGCAGUUCCAGUUAGAUACCUUAUUUUUGUCCAAGUGAUCUCUGGUCUGUCUGUUGUGGCCAGGUUAUAACUGGAUGAGCCAUACUGAGCACAUUCUAGCCUUACAAUUAUGUUAAAAUCCGAAUUAUUGUGUUGAUUGCCUGGCUACCAAAGAUGACAGAUUUUUAAGAAAAAUGGCUGGACAGACAUCUGGUGCUCUGAGAUAUUGCCUUUCCUUUGGUCUUCUGAAGUGCAACUAUUUUCAUUGUCUGCAUAGCUCCAGCUGGGCAUGGCGGUUCGGCGUGUUGUGAAGGCAGUGCUGAUCGAUCUCAGCGGCACUCUGCACAUCGAGGACUCAGCAGUUCCUGGAGCACAAGAAGCUCUCACCAGAUUACGCAGGGCACCUGUCAAUGUUAAGUUUGUGACCAACACAACCAAAGAGUGCAAAAGAAUCCUGUUUGAAAGGCUGAAAAGACUGGAGUUUGACAUUGAAGAGACUGAGAUUUUCACUUCCUUGACUGCAGCCAGGAGCCUUGUUGAACAGCAAAAUGUCAGACCACUACUUCUGGUGGAGAAUAGCGCUCUGGAAGACUUUUCAGGAAUUGAGACCUCUGAUCCCAAUGCAGUGGUGAUAGGAUUAGCUCCUGACCACUUCAACUACCAAACAAUGAACAAAGCCUUUAGGUUAAUCCUUGAUGGAGCUCCACUGAUUGCUAUACACAAAGCUCGAUACUACAAGAGGAAAGAUGGGCUGGCUCUGGGGCCUGGGCCCUUCGUCACUGGACUGGAAUAUGCAACAGACACUAAGGCCACAGUUGUGGGGAAACCAGAGAGAACAUUCUUCCUCGAGGCGCUCCGAAACCUAGACUGUAAACCCGAAGAAGCCAUCAUGAUUGGUGAUGAUGUACGAGAUGACAUUGGAGGAGCCCAAAACUCUGGAAUGAUGGGAAUUUUAGUAAAAACAGGAAAAUACAGACAAGGAGAUGAAGUAAAAAUAAACCCACCACCCUAUCUGACCUGUGACAGCUUCCUUCAAGCUGUAGACCAUAUACUUCAAAACCUAAAAUAAGCAGGAAAAUGGUAAAGAUCAUUUUGCUCCUUGCAGUUGUCUGAAGCUUGUUAGUGGGUUAUUCUUUGUCAAAUUAUGCCAGGCAUGUAUUAUGAAGUACAUGUAUGUAUGAAGUAAUAAAUAUCUCAUUUAACAUA